AUGUCCUUCCUUCCACGAUACAAAUCCGCUCGUUACUUCGCCGCAGCUGGAGCCGCCAUCUUCGUUGUCGCGACCCUCUACUACAUCCAGCCCGGGUCCCUCUCUCGCCCUCUCAAUCGCGAAUCCUCUUGGAGCUCUGGAUCAAGUCCUUGGCAGCAUCACAACGACGCCGCUUCAUCAGCUCUAUGGGACUCGCGAGCAAAGCAAGUCGUGGGAUCAUUCCGUCACAGCUACGGGGGCUACCUGAGGUACGCUGCGGGCUUCGAUGAGCUCAAACCAUUGAGUUUGCGGGCGAUUAACAACUUCAAUGGUUGGAAUGUGUCCAUGUACGAUUCACUGGAUACCAUGCUUCUCAUGGGGCUGCACGAGGAGUUUUCCGACGCGCUAUCCGUCAUUGAAGACGCGGAUUUCAGUGAGAUUAGACACUUCAGGAACGGGACGGUUCAAUCUCAAUUUGCACCCUUCUUCGAGACCGUGAUCCGUUAUCUUGGUGGCUUGCUCUCAGCAUACGCGCUAUCUGGAGAGCCUAUUUUGCUCGCGAAGGCUGACGAGCUUGCAACGGCCCUCGAGCCAGCUUUCGACACUAAGAGGGGUCUUCCGGUGUUUGGGGUGCAUACAGGAACCGGUUCUACGACAAAAGGUAUCUCUGGCAUUCUGGCCGAGAUCGCCACGUGUCAAAUGGAGUGGUCAUACCUCGCGCAUGUCACGGGAAGCAGCGUGCAUUACAGCAAGGCGGACACUGUCAUUAAUACCCUGGCGGAGGCCAUGGCUGGACAGCAGGGCGCGUCGCGUUCUGUCGGCGCGGCAGCUGACAGUGCUCACGAAUACUUGCUGAAGCAAUAUCUGCUCACCGGAAAGCAAGAUGUUGCUAGCCUCGAGAUGUAUCUGCUAACCAUCAACGAGGUCUUCACUCGUUUGAUGUACGUCACCCCCAACCGCGACCUCCUGUAUGUGACCGACACCAACGGCGAGGACUUCACCCCAACCCACCAUUUCGAGCACCUCUCUUGCUUUUUCCCCGGUCUCCUCGCCCUCGGCGCGCACACCCUCCCUCUCAACCUGUCCAUCAUCGACCCCGACAAGCUCGGGCCCGAAGCGCAGCGCGCGUACUACCGCCUCAAGCCCUUCGACUUGUCCUCGCUUCACAUGGCCGCCGCCGAGGGUCUCGCGACGAGCUGUUGGCUCACCUACGCGGACAUGCCCUCCGGCCUUGGGCCCGAGAUCGCGCAAAUGGACAAGCAUUCGCGCCCUUGGCUUGACGCCGUCGAAGAGUGGCACGCUGCUGGCGAGUCCGGCCCGAUGCCUGGAUUGAGUGAGAAAGUGCCAAUGCAACUCGCUCGCUCGUCAAAGGCGCCCCUCGAACCAUGGGACUACGCCAUCCGCCGCCCCGAGUACUUCCUUCGCCCCGAGACGAUCGAGUCUCUCUACAUCAUGUGGCGGGUAACGGGUGACCCCGUCUGGCGGGAGCGCGGGUGGGCGAUCUACGAGGCGAUUGAGGAGCAGUGUCGCACUCCAGUAGGGUACGCAAGUCUUGAGACCGUCGCCACGAACCCCGGGAAGAAAAUUGACGACCAGCCAAGCUACUUCCUCGCGGAGACGCUCAAGUAUCUCUAUUUGCUCUUCGUGAACGACGACCCGGUCCCUCUGGACAAGUUUGUCUUCAACACCGAAGCGCAUCCAUUCCCGAUCUUCCAUGGAACGAUGAGCGUCCAGUAG